AUGUCUAAAGCACCUAAAGUGAGCAAGCGUGUGCUGGAGAUGAAUGAAAAAAGGAAUACCUGGUGCAUGGUGGAAGGAAGGAAUGAUGUGACCUGGCUGAGACCUCAGAAGAGACAUUUUUUACAGACUUUACACAUGGCCACUGAAGAAAUCAGGCAGACUGCUAACUCUGACACAGGCAGGAGCUCCUGGGCAGAUCUAUCCCAACCUGUUCAUGUCCAGAAGAGACAUUUUCCACCGAGAAAUAAUGCCAUAUUUGGAUGA